AUGUUGGACUCAGUGACACACAGCACCUUCCUGCCCAACACGUCCUUCUGUGACCCCCUGAUGUCGUGGACUGACCUGUUCAGCAAUGAAGAGUAUUAUCCUGCCUUUGAGCAUCAGACAGCUUGCGACUCCUACUGGACGUCCGUCCACCCCGAGUACUGGACGAAGCGCCACGUCUGGGAAUGGCUCCAGUUCUGCUGCGACCAGUACAAGCUGGACGCCAACUGCAUCUCUUUCUGCCAUUUCAACAUCAGCGGCCUGCAGCUGUGCGGCAUGACACAGGAGGAGUUCAUGGAGGCAGCCGGUGUCUGUGGGGAGUAUCUGUACUUUAUCCUCCAGAGCAUCCGCUCACAAGGUUACUCCUUUUUUAAUGAUCCUGAUGAGACCAAGGCCACUCUCAAAGACUAUGGAGAAGGUUUAGGAAAGGGAACUUUGGAGCUUUCAUUUUUUAAAGCUGAUGGUGAUGAUUGCUCUUGGUUACUGAGACCCUCUCAAAGGUCCUGGCCUGGGGGCCUGACCAACCAGGACAAAGUGGCAUCCGUCUGGGGACUUCAAGCAAUGUUCCCAUCCAUCUUCAAUAACUAUGCUGAUUCCAGUUGCUUGAAAACAAGCGGCAUCAAAAGUCAAGACUGUCACAGUCAUAGUCGAACAAGCCUCCAGAGUUCUCAUCUAUGGGAAUUUGUGCGAGACCUGCUUCUAUCUCCUGAGGAAAACUGUGGCAUUCUGGAAUGGGAAGAUAGGGAACAAGGUAUUUUUCGGGUGGUUAAAUCAGAAGCCCUGGCGAAGAUGUGGGGACAAAGGAAGAAAAAUGACAGGAUGACGUACGAAAAGCUGAGCAGAGCUCUGAGGUACUACUAUAAAACCGGAAUUUUGGAACGGGUUGACCGAAGAUUAGUAUACAAAUUUGGAAAAAAUGCACAUGGGUGGCAGGAAGACAAGCUAUGA